AUGAACGCCGGAGGCCGCGAUGUAGGGAGACAGCCGAGGCGGAGCGCUCUGUCGAGAUGCUGGCACUGGCUGCGCUGUCUGCUGCGCUCGUGCUUCGCGCGACGCGCAAGCUACCGCCCACCGCCCCCGCCGCCCCCAAUGCCCGUGGGGCUGCUGCCGAUCCCCGAAGGCCCAGCUCUACCGCAGCUACCAGCGGACGGGGCGCAGACGCGGGCGCGCCGGCCCGGCUCCCCGAACAAGCUGCGGCGCAGUUCCCCGCACACCGUGGAGGCCAUCGUCCACGCCCUCCGCCAGCUCGAGGUCGUCUGCGGGGACGCCACCCCUGAGGACUCGCGCCAGCGCGGCUGCGGCGAGGCCAUCUGCAUCACCUGACUCUGCCGUCUCUCCCAGGCUCUGCACCACGAUCGAGCGAUGGAAACUUCUUUGAAAUACAGCGCAUGAUACCGUGAAA